CACGUAGAUGUGUUCAAGAGCAUAGUGCAAAGCUAAGGUCAAUCCAUUUUCCACAGAUUGGGCAAGGAAGGCGCCGAUGAUGAUGGGAGAGUGCCACCAAAAGCAACGCUCCCUCCAUUCAACAACAUAGUGAUUUUGUAAAGAGAAAUUCCAUAAUGUAAGCAGCGAGCCAGCCGUGGUGGACCUGAACAAUGACAUCCUGUCACGGGCGCCAUCUUUCCUCAGUUGUCGCAACGUAUGGUCUUGACUCUUGACGUCCAUUUCGACCUUAUGCAUUGACUCGCAUGAACAAUGUCGGUCUUCGCCGUAGCUGUGAUGCAAUAUUUACAGCUGUUGCCAUUUCCUUCCGAGUGACAACGAUUGAAGAUAUUGACAUCUUCAGAGACCGCGCAAUUGCAUAACAGCACACGCAGAUGGAAACUAUUGAAAAUGAAGUCAGGCACUUGGCAAGGAUUAUAAAUUCCCAACUCAGCAAGGUAAUGACUGUAAAUUUGAUCAGCAAUCAAGUCAGACACUUGGUCUUCGCCUCUUCGGCAAGCAAGAAGAGGCUGGCUUCCGAGCGUGGGUGGCUGGGCUGGAGACCCAGGCUGGGAGCGCGGGCUUGGAUUGAACAUCAGUGAAAAAACAAGAGCUAAUACACGACAUGCAUUACGACGGAAGAGGUUUGUUCAAGAUCAAAAAAGGACACAUAAAUCUGAGGGCUUUUGCACAAAAUCACCAUCGCCAGGAGACCACUAGAAAAGUCGACACUUUGAACAAAGCGUAGCAACCACACCGUGCAUUCGCUCCCGUGCACAACCGAGAGGAAGAGAGGAGACAUGCCGUGCGGAAGAGAGAGCAGAUCAGCGGCGGUGGCUGGGGUGCCCGCACGGCGGCUCCGCCCGCUUGUGCUAAUGCUCGUCCUCUUCUCGGCGAUGACCCGCCGCGCACUCUCACGGAGCCUGGCGCUGCCACCACUGCCGGCGCCGGUGGUGCGGAACAUAACGUGCAACACCAUCCCAUAUCCAUUUGGUGUCCGAGGCAGAUCCCUCCCCGGCUUCGAGGUAAUCUGCGGGCGGAACAAGGAAGCCAUGCUGGAGAUCAACGAGAGCAGCUAUAAAAUCGACUAUGUGUCGGUGGAAGACGCCUUCGUCGUCAUCUUAGUCGGGCCCAUCAGCCAAGUCUGCUACGACCGCAACGGCAAGCAGACGCAGGCCACCGGAAUCGGCAAUAUCAGCUUGGAGGGGACGCCGUUCACCUUCUCCAAGCGCAAUAAGCUGGUCGCCAUUGGAUGCGACUACAAGCUAUCUGCUAACUUCAGCAACUCGAUGCCCGGUCACAGCCAGUGGCAGCCUAUCAACUGCAACUCCUUUUGCGACGGAAAAUCUUGUCCUUACGAUGCAGCUUGCUGCGAGGCCCCCAUGCCUCUGAUUGACGCUGCUCGAGAGUUCACCUUGACGUUCGACAAGUUACCAGGGCAAUUCACUGCUGACGAGAACGGCACUUGCAGCGCUGCGUUCUUCUACGACCAAGACGAGCAAGUCUUCAAGGGUGGGCAGGAUCCGCUGAAAGACCCGCUGUUGCCGGUUGGUGACCACGGGAUGAUCUUGGAUUGGGCAGUUGGGCAGGGCACGUGCGACCAGGCCUUAACCUACAACUUGAUGUCACUCUGCAACAGUCUGAGUGACUGCAUCGACGCGCCCAGGGGAGUUGGCUAUCUCUGCAAGUGCAACGCAGGGUAUGACGGGAAUCCAUACACUGCAGAAGGGUGCGUAGAUAUAAACGAAUGCCGGAAUUUGGACAGCAACCCUUGCAACAUUACAAAAUUCUGCAACAACACGAAAGGAGGUUUUACUUGCUCAUGUCCCCCUGACUUGAUUGGUGACGGUUACAAGAACGGGACAGGCUGCACUGAGGCGCCCCUUCCAUCUGGUUCCCCUAUGCAACAAUCGCAAGGUUUGAACGUGUGCACUCACCCUGAGAGGAACCCCUGCAUGUACUUGGAGUACUGCAAAGAUGGGCAGUGCUCUUGUCCUCAAGGCAUGAUUGGUGAUGGCCGUGAAAGGGGAAGUGGCUGUCAAAAAAAGCGCUUUCCUGUAGAUGCUGCCUUGGGUGUUGGUCUUGCACUUGUGGUUACAAUAUCUAGCACAGCCUUGUGCUACUACUGGGGCAUGAAGAGAAGAAAGGUGAGAAGAAAGAGAUCCGAGUUAUUCCGUAAGAAUGGAGGCUUGCUGUUGCAGCAGAGAUUUUCAGCAAUCACAUCUCAAAGUAGGGACUCGUCAGCAAAGAUAUUCAGUGCGGAAGAGCUCAAGACUGCGACUAACAACUACAGUGAGACUCGAAUCCUUGGCCGAGGUGCAUAUGGCACAGUGUAUAAGGGUGUUCUUCCAGAUGAGACCGUGGUUGCAGUAAAGAAGUCUAGGGUGUUUGAUGAGAGCCAGGUGGAGCAAUUUGUCAAUGAGAUCACCAUCUUAUCACAGACUGAUCACCCGAAUGUUGUCAAGCUUUUGGGGUGUUGUCUAGAGACAGAGGUGCCUUUAUUGGUGUAUGAGUUCAUACCCAAUGGAACGCUCUUCCAGCAAAUCCAAAACAAAAGUGCACCUCUCUCCUUAACAUGGGAGGAUACCUUAAGGAUAGCUGAACAAAUAGCAGAAGCACUUGCAUAUCUGCAUUCCACUUCUUCUAUACCAAUUAUUCACAGGGAUAUCAAAUCAAGCAACAUACUGUUGGAUGAGAACUUUGUGGCUAAAAUAUCAGACUUUGGUGCAUCAAGAUCAGUUCCAUUUGAUCAAACUCAUGUAACCACCCUUAUUCAAGGUACUAUAGGGUAUCUCGAUCCUGAAUAUUUCCAAAGCGGCCAGCUCACAGAGAGGAGUGAUGUCUACAGUUUUGGAGUAGUUCUUGCAGAACUAUUGACAAGGCAGAAGCCUAUUUCUGUAGGCAGGCCAGAAGAAUCAUGCAACUUAGCCAUGCAUAUGGUGAUUGUAGUCAAUGAAGGGCGCCUACUUAAGGAGAUAGAGCCGCACAUUUUGGAAGAAGCAAGUGAAGAGCAACUCUAUGCAGUUGCGCAGCUCUCUGUGAGAUGCUUAAGUAUGAAUGGACAAGAACGACCCAUUAUGAAGGAGGUUGCGUCAGUUUUAGAGGAGCUAAGAAAGUCAUUCAUCAAGGAGCAAACUAUGAGAAAAACAGUUGAACCAUAUAAUGAACAAGGGAACCUUCUACGUGAAGCAAGCUCAACUUCCAGCCUGCACCGUUCAGAAGGAAGUACACAGUUGAGCAUGGAGGCUGAAAUGAAAGUUUCUUGUCAGAGUCCAAGAUGAUCCUUCUCAUAGUAAUUUAAUGUCAGUUGACAGCUCAAGACAAUGUGUAAUAUAGUUAUGGAGAAUUGGGUAAAAUAGCUCAGAGUAAUCACUAUUUACUUAUUCUUGAUAUCCCACAAAUCACCACAAAUUCUUGAUAUCACAAUUGUGGGUUCAUAUCCAAUUUUACUUCUGAGAUUUACACUAAGUGAAUAUGGCAUCACAUUUGUUCCUAAUUUUGAUCUGAAUCAAGCAAUAAAAAACCGUCUCGACAGACUGACAUCGAGAUGUAUGCAAAACCAGGGGAAUGUGGAGUGCCUGUGAAAACCUAGUCACAUGCUCCUAAUUGGCCUCUGAGGAUUAGGUUGCCAAUUAUGCAGCUAGUCCAUGGUUUAAAAAGGUACUAUGUUGAUCUGAACCCAAUGCAUCGGGUUGCGCCAUUCCAAGUCCUAUUAGCACUUGAGGGCUAGCUUAACGAUGGACAUUUUACACACAACCAGUGAGUU